UUACUGUGGCCUCGCAUGUAACAGGCGUGUCUGGCCUCUCCUGCUGUAGGGAGGGAAUCUGGCGUGUUCUCGGAACUGCCGGUAUUAUAAAGGUCUGUUACACGCGAGUCCUAAACCAUCAGAAAAAAACCAUGUUAACGGGGCGGCUGAUAACAGCGAAAACUGCCCGGCUGCAGCAAACAUGCCGGACCUGCGCCGCACCAGCGAGAUCCAAAACGACUUCCGGGGCCCUCGGGGCCCAACUGGACAAGGAGAAGACUCUGAAGACAAUGAAAGACCUUCCCGGCCCCAGCAAGUGGAGCGCUCUGUACUGGAUAUUUCUUAGAGGAAACCUUUUCCAUAUGCACGAGUUAGGGCUCACGGAGAAAAAGAAAUACGGCCCAAUUUGGAAAACGGUUAUUGGAAAUGACGCCAUGGUGAGUGUAGGGAGCCCCGAAAUUCUGGAGACCCUGUUGAGACAAGAAGGAAAGUACCCAAUGAGGGCGGACAUGUACAUCUGGAGGGUCCACCGGGAACUCAGGGACCACACAUACGGCCCGCUGUCUGAAGAAGGCCACCAGUGGCAAGCCCUCCGCUCAGUGCUGAACCCAAGGAUGCUGAAACCGAAGGAGGCCAUGCGCAACGAGAUGGCCUUCAACGAGGUCAUCUCCGAUCUGCUGGCCAAGAUUAAGGAAAUCAGGGCCGAGAGUCCGAGCGGAGUCAUGCUGAACAACAUCAAUGAUUUAAUGUACAGAUUUGCGUUUGAAAGCGUCUGCACGUUUUUAUUUGAGACGAGAAUCGGCUGCUUGAGAAACGACAUCGCUCCACAGACAGAGAAAUUUAUCAAUUCCAUUGGAAUAAUGCUGAAAAACCAGCUGGUGUUGGAGCACAUGCCGCGAUGGUCCUGGAAGCUACUUCCGCACUGGUACCAGUACUUAGCCGCAUGGGACACCAUCUUUACGUACUCAAAUCACUUGAUUGACAGGAAGAUGGAAGACAUUAAAAAAAGUUUGGAGAGGGGGGAAAGCGUGGAGGGCGACUAUCUUACGUAUCUGCUGUCCACUGGGAAGCUGAGCUUGAAGGAGGUGUGCGGGAGCAUGCCGGAGCUGCUCCAGGCCGGGGUGGACACGACGUCCAACACAUUGUCCUGGGCUCUGUACCUGUUGGCCAGACACCAAGAGACCCAGAAGUCCUUGUACGAGGAGGUGUCGCGGGUUAUCCCAGGAGAGGCCAUUCCCUGCGCUGACGACAUUUCAAAAAUGCCACUGCUCAGGGCUGUGAUCAAAGAAACCCUACGCUUGUAUCCCGUGGUUCCUCAAAACGGAAGAGUUGCUGUAGAGAACGAUGUUGUUAUACAGGAUUAUUUUUUCCCCAAAAAUACGUUUUUUAUCCUUUGCCACUAUGUGAUCUCACGAGAUGAGAAAAGCUUCCCUGAGCCUGAGAAGUUUCUCCCCCAGAGGUGGCUGCGGGGCUCGGGGAUGAAGCACCAUGCCUUUGCCUCUAUCCCCUUUGGAUACGGCGUCCGAUCGUGCCUGGGGCGGCGUAUCGCGGAGCUGGAGAUGCACCUGGCAUUAGCGAGGAUGAUAAAGACGUUCGAGGUCCACCCGGACCCAGAAGCGGGUGAAAUAAAAGCUAAAAACCGCGUGGUUUUGGUACCCACUAAGCCGAUCAACCUGAAACUUAUCGAACGACAGUAACAGAAAGCCCUGACGCUAUCGUGAAUCGUUUCAAUGAACGUUACGCAACUGGAUGAAUUACCUCUCUGGAAUAAAAUGAAAAAAAAAAAAAUGGGGAAAAAACAAACGAAAAUGGUCAACAACUUGGAGGAUAACGCUAAGGACUUUAUAAUAAAGAUGGAGUAACUUAUUUUAGACAUUUGCAUUCAACCUAUUUAAGUUUAAAUGUGGGCAGGAUUUUCUCAAGAACUUACAAUGCUAUAAAACGUGGAAAAGAACUGGAAAUUAUCAAUUAUGCUGCUUUUUGACACCCCUUGUGGCAAAAUAGUCCCUUACAUUUAACACUUUAAAGACUGGGCAUGUAACGUUACUUCUUUCAAUAGCCGCCCAUUCAUUACCUGCUGAUGUACAAGAAAUCAGGCGGUCUUGACUUUUAAGGGUCCCUCCCCAGUAGUUAUUUGGGUUUUUUUUUUACCAUUUUCUCCCACAUUCUUAAACAUAUUUUAGUUAUAAUUACCGGUAAUAUUGUGUUACAAAAAAAAAAAAUCAAAGCCCUCCUGAAAAGAAACCCUACAUAGAAUUUUAGCAUAGAAACGGAAUCCUUCCUUGGUACACGAGCCGGUUUGGCAUUGUUUAAUAUCACUCGCUGCUAAAGAAUUAUUAUUUUUUUAAUUUCUGUUUUACUGUUUCAUUGUCUUAUUUUUACAGGACAAUAAAAGUCAUCUUUAUAAACAUGUGUUUUCAUAUUAUA